CUGGCUUCCCCGUGCCCACAAAUCCCGGCUUUUCAGGCUCCGCCGUGCGGCCGCUGCUUGCCAGAGAGGCGCGGAUCCCGGACCCAGCCGGGGAUGGAGCGCCUGGUCCACGCCGCCUUGGCGCAGCUGAGCGAGGAGGAGCUGGCGCGCUGCGCCCUCUACCUGCGGAGCCCGGAGCCGGCGGGCGGCGCCCCGGCCGAGCUCCAAGGCGCAGGUGGGAGCCCGGCGCAGCUGGCGCGGCGCUACGCGGGCCGGGCGGCCGAGGUGCUGCGAGAGGCGCUCCGCGGCAUGGGCCGCCGCGACGGGAGCGAGGCGCUGGCCGGGCAGGAAAAGGCGGGAGCCGCGGCAGCGCCAGCUGCUGUACUGAGAACUGGUGAACAACAAACCACGAAUCAGACAAGUGAUACAAGUUUUAAAGGAAGAUGGACUGAGCAAAGUGACUAUGAGGCAUUGGAUAUGUAUGACAUGAGCAAAACCCGUGUGGCUUUUAUGAUGUGUGUGACAACACACAGGCGCGGUGCAGAAAAGGAUAUUGAAAUAAUGAAUAAGUGGUUUGACAAGUAUCAGUUUGAAACGCCUUCUGGACAGUGCAUAGAUCCUAAUGGGCAGGAAAUACUGCCAGCAUUGGAAGAGUUCCGGGAUCAAAUCAAUCAAUCUGAGGAUGAAAUUAGCUGCUGCCUCAUUGCUCUUAUGAGUCAUGGGAGGAGUCACGGCAUCAUUCAGGGGAAAGAUGGUGACACAGUUGAUCUUGAUGAUAUAUUUGCAUUGUUCAACAAUGUACAAUGCCCAAAGCUCCAAGAAAAACCUAAAAUCUUUAUCAUUCAGGCAUGCAGAGGAGGAAAAGAAGACCAUGGAGUUGAAGAAAUAGAGCAUGAAUUCAAGGAAGCUGAUUGUACUUAUAACUUGAUAGCUAUCAGGAGGUUGCCAACAGCUAGUGAUUACUAUGUCGUGUAUUCCACUCAAAAGGGUUAUGUUUCUUUGCGUAACAGGGAAAAAGGCUCUAGAAUGAUUGAAGCAAUGGAUGAGGUCUUUUCAGAGCAAGGCAUGAAAUGGCAUAUCGGGGAUUUAUUUACUAAAAUCAAUAACAACCUGAUGCACGAAACUUUUAGUAUCCACGGAUGCCCUGUGAAAGAGACAAUAGUCGUGGAAUCAACUCUGACCAAAGCUGUGUACCUUGCACCUUAACUGGUUGAUCAGUGGAAGACUCACUGCCUUUUGAAUUGCUCAAAAUACAGACAGUGAAUAAAAAUAAAAUAAAUACAGAUAAUAAAGUUUAAAUAGUCAUCUUUUUCCAAAUUAUAGCAAAAUUCUUUAGGAUGUUCCUUUUAACUAACUAGCUUUAUUACUGCAUUUUAACAGCUAUUUUCAACAACAGCAUUUUUUUUUUCAACUAAUAGUCCCAUUUUUAGAAAGCACUUUUUUACAGGAUCUUUGAAAAAACCCAGUUUAGGAUCUUAUAUUUGUCUUCAUUUAUAAAUAAAGUCAACCAGUACAAACAGUUUUAUGUUGAGAGAUCACUGGCUCCUUUUCCAGUUCUGCAGAGGGCAUUUUCUCAUUCCCUGUAUGACUACUUAAAAUUCCACCAUAAAAACUUAAACGAUAAGUUUAUGGAGGAGAUGGUCUGAUGGGAUAACAUGGUUUUGGUAAUUAAAUAUUCAUGGUAAAUAGGCCCAAUGGCCUGUGAUGGGAUAUUAGAUGGGGUGGGAUCCGAGUUAUCCAGGAAAGAAUUUUCUGUAGUAUCUGGCUGAUGAAUCUUGCCCAUAUGCUCAGGGUUUAGCUGAUCGCCAUAUUUGGGGUUGGGGAGGAAUUUUCCUCCAGGGCAGAUUGGAAGAGGCCCUGGAGGUUUUUCGCCUUCCUCUGUAGCAUGGGGCCUGGGUCACUUGCUGAAGGAUUCUCUGCUCCUUGAAGUCUUUAAACUACGAUUUGAGGACUUCAAUAGCACAGAUAUAGGUGUGAGGUUUUUUGCAGGAGUGGUGGGUGAAAUUAUGUGGCCUGCGUUGUGCAGGAGGUCAGACUAGAUGAUCAUAAUGGUCCCUUCUGACCUAAAUAUCUAUGAAUCUACAUAGAUAACAUCCAACAUCCAAUCUAACAUCCAACAAAUCUUUUACAACAGCUUAGUCCUAAGUAUUAGCCUGGGGAGUCUGUUCUAGCAGCAGUGCGACAGAGUUGUUUGAAUGUUACCAAUAAUGUGUCCAGUAAUUUCAAGGGUGUGGUGAUGCUCAUCAUGUAUCUGAAGAGAAUAAUGGGCCCAACCACUCUAUUUCCAAGGCAAAAUAAGCCUGCUCUUCAAGUCCAUGGGAGUCUUUCCAUUGGUUUCGGUGGAUUUUGGAUGAAGUGCUAAAAGGGGGGUGCUGUUCAUAACAUUGGAAGGGAGGGGGAAGAUUCUUCCUAUGUUGCAUAGAAUUCACUGUAUUGGCUCAGAUCAGGUACCCACUUAUUCUACAGAUUAUUUGUUAAUAUGCAUUGCUUUAUCUUUACCCAGUUUAAAUUUAAUCUGUUCCCACGGCACCCAGGCCCACAACGUGUUUGGUUAUCCUGAAUUUUGCACUGUCAGUAAGUUUUAUACAGUAAUAUAUUAGUAUUAAGAAGUUGAGAUAAUGAUAAAGCUGUUAUGUUAUACAAUGACAUAUUCUCAUCAUAAGGAAAUGUGUUCAAAUUUGGUCACAAACUAUUUUAAAAAGGGGAGGCAUAGCAGUAGUAUGUUAUCAUAUUGAACUUGACUUUUUAAACUUUA